AGGGUGAAUUGAGGAAAAUAUUCUGAAGGCUUAUGUAAGGGAUGUAUAUAUGUUGCCACAUGCUGGGUUCUGGUUCUGAUGGCCAUGUCUCCUUCAGGGCAGGGCCGGGCACUGCUGUUGGUGGCCGCCUUUGGGUUGGUCUUGCAAGGGCCUUGUGCCAAUACCCUACGUAACUUCACCCGUGCUAGCGAGGCUGUGGCCUGUGGGGCUGAACUGGCCCUGAACCAGUCUGCUGAAGUGCUGGAGCGGGCCAAGCAGCCCCUUGUCAGUGCCCUGAACAAGAUUAAAGCCAUUGCCCAAAAGGCCAAAGUGGUGGCUGACCGGGUCCGCAAGUUCUUCCGGUCAAUCAUGGACGGCGUGAAACAUGUAGCCAGGGCCCUGCGCAGCGUGUGGUACUGGCUGCUGCACAUCGGUGACGUGUGCAACUCGGAGCUGGGCAACCCUUACUCGAAGUGCGCGCGGAUCUUCGACGACGCCAAGGACGACUGCAUGAAGGUCAUCCCGCAGGCCUACCACCUGUGCUACGUGCUCAUGCCCUUCAAACUGGUGCUCUGCGGACUUGCCGGUGUAGUCCAGGUGUUCUGCAUCAUCCCCAAGUACAUCCAACCCUUUUUGCGCAAGACCAUUGGCACCCCGGUGAUGAAGCUGAUUAACCGGGUGCGUCAGGAAUUUGAGUUCAACAUGACAGCCACCCACCACUUCUCUGUGAAUCUCAAUGCCUCUCGGAGCCUGUCCCAGGUAGCUCUGGACCUCCAAGAGGCUGUCAGCCUGAAGCUGUACCAUGUCCGAGAGGCCCUGGCUCUGAUGGGCUACACCACGUCUCUGCUGCUCACAUUCCUCUACCUCCAAGCCCUGUUUUACCGGUACUGUUACCUGAACUGGGAUGAUUUUGACAACAUCUACAUUACCAGCCGAUUCCUGCAAAUGGAGGCUGUCCGCUCUGAGGCAGGACUGCCCACGGUGCUGCCGCUCAGUGCCCACGAGGCCAGAUACUACAUCCAGCCGGGCUCCCUCUUCCUGUCCCAGUGGGAGCGGAUUUUUUACAUCCUGGCCAUCUUCAGCCUUAUGCGGCACCUGCUCCUCGUGCUGCUCCUGGUCUUCUUGGACUAUGCCAUCUUCUGGGUGCUCGACCUGGCCCGGCACCACUUGCAGGGAGAGAUCGUGGCCCGCAGCCCUGUAUUGGUAUCUAUAACCGUGGAAGGGGAAGGCUAUACCGGGAAGAUUUACCGUGACUUGGUGUCAGCGUUUGAUGUCCUGCAACAAGGCAACAUCAGUAUCUUGUCCCGGCGCUGCCUCUUGCAUCCCUCGGAGCCUGAAUCCACUGGUUACAUCGUCAUUGGCAGCAUGUAUGGCCUAUGCUUCUUCGUCACUCUGUUUGGUGCCUAUAUCGGUCGGCUGCGGCGGGUCAUCUGUGCCUCCUACUACCCAUCCCGGGAGCAGGAGAGGAUCUCCUACUUGUACAACGUACUUCUGAGCCGCCGAGUCAAUCUGUUGUCUACCCUGCAACGGGCAGUGAGGCGGCGGGCAGCUGACCAGGACCCAAAGAGUGUCCUCGAUGCGCUGGGCAGCUGGUGUCCCUUCCUGGCUCCAUUCUUCAGUCCCUUUCAGUCACACCGUGUCUAUUGUUUGGGCUGUGGGCAGUCCCAGGAUGAGGGGGACAUGGAGAACUUUGUAUCCUGCAGUACCCCGGGCUGCCGAGGUCUCUUCUGCACCACCUGCUUCCGCCUCCUGGGCAACACCUGCUCCCUGUGUGCAUCUCCCCUCUCCUACCAGGGGGACCUGGACCUGGAACUGGACUCCAGCGAUGAGGAGGGUCCAGGCCUGUGGCUGGCUGCAGCUCAGAAAAAGGACCCUGAGAAAGAGUGGCUACUGCGGCAACAGCUCCAAAAAGCAUUAGGCGGGACUACCUCCUCAGAGUCCAGCCUGGAGUCCAGUGACCUGGAUGAGGAGAAGGGGCCUCAGCAGAGGAAGGAGGGGCAGCGGCCCCUACCUGGAGCCCAUCAAGCCCAUCAGUCCGUCAGCAUUCCCGUGACCCCUCAGCCCCGCUGACCUCAGAAAUCCUCUGCCUCCAAAGCAGCCAGCUUCAGAACCCCCAGGCUCCCUGUCUGUCCCCUUUCCCCUCCUGCUGAUCCCUCCCAGCCAUCCCCCAAGUAA